AAGAAAAAGAAAAUGAAAAUCCUCUCACUUUCACUUCUCUUGCUCUUGGCCGCUACAGUCUCCCAAGCUCGGCCUUCGCUACCUGAUGUUCCUAAGCUCAUUGAACUCCUCACAUCAACCGACAUCAUUGAGACAGAAGCCGAAGUCUUAGAGAAACAACAACUCGCCAUCAACUACCACAACUGCAGAAGCUGGCACCUUGGUGUUGAGACCGCUAACAUCUUAAACUUCAAAACAGUGCCCGCAAAUUGCAAAGACUAUGUUGAAGACUACCUCACUUCCGACCAGUACCGUGCUGACUCCAAAACGGUGUGCAAAGAAGCUUAUUUCUACGCCAAAGGACUUGCUUUGAAGAAUAACACCGUCAAUGUUUGGGUCUUUGACCUUGACGACACCCUCCUCUCUAAUGUUCCAUUUUACGCUCAAUAUGGAUACGGGACAGAGAAGGUAGACCCCAAUGCGUUCAAGAAGUGGCUGGAGGCCGGAGAAUCUCCAGUGCUCCCAGAGACUUUGCAUCUUUACCAAAACAUUCAAGAACUCGGGAUUGAGCCUAUCUUAAUCACUGAGCGUUACCAAGACUUGGCUGAAGUCACUCUAAAGAAUCUCGAAGCUGCUGGUUUCACCUAUUGGAGACAAGUCUUAUUCAAGCCAACGGGUUCGAACACUAAUAUAGCAAACUUCAAGUCAAAGGAGAGGAAGAAGCUGCAGAGGCGUGGCCACACUAUCAUUGGGAAUAUUGGAGACCUGUGGGCUGAUUUGGAUAAAGACACCCCUGGAAGAAGGACUUUCAAGCUCCCUAAUCCACUCUACUACAAGUACUAAUUAAGCAUCUUUCUUCAUGUGUUGUUGUUCCCAUGCAUCCUGCUUAUAUGAGUCCAUGUAUCCGAUCGCAACUAAAUAAAUAAAUGGAUGAGUACUUCGACCUACUUUUUUUUU